UUCAUGAGAAUUGGAAGGAGGAGGAGGGAGAUAGCUUUGUUUGCUCUAGUCUUAUAUUGUGGUCAUUUGCACCUACAUUUAGUGAGACAGAAUGAGCACGACUGCAACCUCAAAAAGGAAGUAGUAAGAAGAUGAAGCACAACGACAAGAAAUAAAGAAGACAAACUUUAAGCUUCUGAUGAUUCUUUUGUGAGUUUUUCAGCCUUGUUUUGAUGGCUUUCUUCAUAACCUCCGCCAGACAGGCUUAACUCUCAUGUUUUGUUGGAUUCUGAGGAGAUAUUACCACUUGAAGCUAUAAGGAUUAAACCUUGGACCUGUAUUGGCCUCACAAAGGCUGAAUCUCCAGGAAGUGAAACUGAAGGAUUAAUUUCAAAAUUAUAAUCUUUUGCAUGUGGACACUGGAUCGACAGAUUCGAAGGAGUGACAAUGCCUGUGAUUGUUCUUGAGGCUCGAGACUUCACCAGUCCACUAUUUCUGGUGCGAACAUUGGAAGUCUUCUCCAGUUGCAUCGCCUUUAGUCUUGUGGCCUCAAUGAAAGGUGAAGGCCUGAACCCUUCACCUGAUUCCGUCACCUUCAAGAUUUUCUGUAUGUUUACCUGGUGUUUCUUCUUUGUGGUUACUCUCCUCAUACACAUUAUCACCAUCAUCCAGUUCCACAGCCUCCUCCCGAUAUCGUGGAAGAACCUGACCAUGACGGUUGCGUUGUUAGGGGUGCUGAUGAACUUCAGCUCCUCCGUGGUUUUUCCCUGGAAGGUCAUGGAUCAUGAUGUUGUAACUACGCACGGUUUAGCAGCUGCAGUUGGCUCUGGUCUCACCUUCUUGGUCUACGCCUCUGAGUGUUGUGUUCUUCGCACCCAAGCGCACGAACAAAGAGGCUACAUAAGCAGCUUCCCUGGUUUUCUUAAGAUAAUCCAACUGUGGGGAGGUCUACAGAUGAUACCUCUGAUGGUGUUAAUCUCCAAGUUGGAGACUGGAGGUCACUGGCAGCUCUGGGUGUCUUGCGUCUCAUAUGGCAUUUGCGUCUUCAUAUCUCUCAUCACCCUGGUAGUGAUACUGGGUGACUUUGCGGGACAAUGCCUACUGCCAUUUGACAGAUUUUUGGCUGCCUUCAGCUUGAUCGGUGUGCUCCUCUACAUGUUGGCCACAGUGAUUUGUUUCACCAAGAUACUGCAGCUGAGAGAGGAGAAAUCCAAACAAGAUAACCUAAAUCUGGUCACCGUGGAAACAGUGUUUUCUAGUAUCACACUAUUAGCUUACACAGUGGACCUCGCCUUUUCCAUCAAACUGUUAUGUGACAGGAGUCACAUUUAAAGAUCGCUGUGAAGUUUGUAAAAUAUUCUUUAUGAAAACUGAGAGAAAGAAAAUCAAACUGAUGGGCAUUUCUGCUCUUAAUCAUUGCUGUCAUGUCAAACUAUCAUUUUGAACCCAAAUCAUUGACUUUGGUCGGUUUACCGCUGGUGCUACUUGUGGUGAGGAAACACUUAAGUAUCACAUUUUACAAGUUCAACUUCAACUGUUAUGACAACAGUGUUGAUUCUGUUACAGUUUUCCUUAAUUGCAUUUGUAUCGUAACAAAAACAAGACAUAAUAUUUCAGAAGAAUGACUUAUUAUAAAAAACAUGAUGUACUUUUGACAAUUAUGAGUAGAAAGAAGAUGAGAUUUUUUGGGAGGGAAAUGAACUCCCUUUAAAUGUACCUUCUUACACUGCCAAAUCUUGAAAGAAUAUUGCAAAUAUUCCCUAAAUAAACUUUUUCUUAAUAUUUUAGCAAACAAAAUAUAAAAAAAUAACAACUUUUAAAUGCCCUCUUCCUAAAUGUACUAUCAUGUAACCGAGUGAGGCUUAAAUGUCUAGGGCUUGCAAGAUAUUAAAUAAAUCCAGUCAUUAUUUUUAAGUUGAAAUUAAGGUUUCAGAAUUAAUGCUUGUUAAAAAUGCUGGUAAAAAGCUAAAAGUAAACCAAUUCAUUGAGCUCAGACCAAUCUGAAGAAUCUGCUUAGUAACUACGAAUUCAGGAAACCGUCUCGUCUUCAACGGAUGCCCCAAUAAAAGCAUAAUAAAUGAGCAGGAAAUAAUUAUUUUCUCAUAAGAAAACUGGACAAUCCAGAUCGGGCCAAUAUCUGCCAUGAGUGUUGUGCAGUUGUAACCUGACAACAGCCAGAUGCAUGUCUAGCUAGGCGGAGCUAGACAUGCAUCUGGCUGUUGUCAGGUUAGUGCAGUUGUGGAAAGGUUUGGAAAACUUUGCAAUCGUUGACAGAACAUUUAUCUGGUGUUUCCUGACGAAAGGGGGAAUAAGGCUUUGUACACCUUACUUUUCGUGUCUGCACUUCUUCAUAAUAUUUAGAAACUGAAACUAAUAGUUCUCCUAAUUCAAUGACAGGUUUGUUGAUAAUUCUGAAAUAGCAGCUUAUUCUGAACAAUGUCCUUACAUUUAAUACAGUUCUCUAGUAAAUGGUCCUCUUUGCCACAAAUUAAUGUUUUCUUUACAGAUGUUCAUACAUAGGUUCCCUUACUAAGUUGUAACCAAUUCUGCAGUAAAAUACUUUAUUACUGAGGUUUAGUUUGGCUUAGCUCUCAUAGGAUAACAUACUUUGGUAAAGGUUCCAGCGUGAGAGUUUUUAACCAAUUAAUCUUAAAUUGGAGGUGUUUUACAAAUCUUGUGGCAAGUUAAAAACACUUUAUUUCCAGACACAGAUCUAAUUAGUUUGCUUAUGUCAGGUAUAAAUCCACAUGAGUUAACUUAUGAGAUUGCUUUUAUCGUUUUAUGGAAGAAGUACCAGGUGAGGUUGGUGUUUUCUUAAGUGUAACAAAAAACUUGACAACUAUAGACCACCGAACUAUGUCAUAGAGUUUAACUAAGGGCUAAAAAGGGAUUGGUUUUAUUGCUCCAAGAUAAAUAUGUGUUUCGCACACUAUAUAGUAUGACUUGCUUAUUGUUCAAUUACUAAAUGUGGACGUAGUGCAUUUCUAAAUAUGUUGUCAUAAAGACAUAUGUAUCAUUGAUCAGCUGCAUUAUAUGACCCUUAAAUUAAAGCCAUUUGUUGUAAUAUAUAUUUUAGGGAACCAUUUGUUUUUGUUCAGAACACAAAAAAUAUUGCACCAUUGUAAUUACCAUCAAUCAUCACUUGAUGGCAGUGGCCUGUUUCCAUAUUUUAUUUUUGGAGUUCACUUUCAAUGAAAAAUGUUGAUUGUCUUUCAUUAAAAAUAAUAACUCAAAAUGUAAGGAUUUUGAUUUAAUAAACUCUUCCAACGUUC